CCACUUAGUAAUAAAACGAUACGCAGAUAAGGGUCAUCAGCUCCUUUAGAGCGACAGGAAAGCAGCAUCGGAGCGGCACGUAGACGCCACAGACAGUUGUGGAGGAAAAAACCAACACCUUUGGAGUGAGCUGCAACCUGAGGAGAAGGUUUACCUGGUGGAGAGAAAAGGGGGAAUAAGAGGAGCUUAAAGGACAAAAUAAAGAAGAUUCUUAAAAAAAUAAAGGAAGAAAGCACAAUAAGGAAAUCGGACUAUCUUGACUUGAACCAAGAGAAGAAAAAGGACGUAAAAGGGAGUGCUUUUGUGCACAAUGGCGUCUUUUGGACUUGAGCUUGCCGGCAUCUCCCUGUCAGUGUUGGGCUGGGUGCUGAGUAUCAUCAGCUGUGCCCUGCCGAUGUGGAGGGUCUCGGCCUUCAUUGGCGCCAACAUCGUCACUGCUCAGGUGUACUGGGAGGGCCUGUGGAUGAGCUGCGUGUUCCAGAGCACGGGCCAGAUGCAGUGCAAGGUCUACGACUCCAUGCUGGCUCUACCUCAGGACCUGCAGGCCGCCAGGGCGCUCACCGUCGUCACAAUCAUCGUGGGGUUGGUGUCGCUCCUCAUCGCCAUGGUGGGGGCAAAGUGCACCAACUGCAUCGAGGAAGAGGCGGUUAAAGCCAGGGUGAUGGUGGCCUCCGGGGGCGCGUUCAUCACAGCGGCACUGGCCCAGCUGGUGCCCGUUUCCUGGUCGGCACACACCAUCGUAGUCGAGUUCUACAGUCCCAUCAUCCCCACGGGACAGAAGAUGGAGAUCGGGGCGGCGCUAGCCAACAUGUCGAUGGGUAUGGAGAUCGUGGGCAUUGCCCUCGGAGUCCUCGGAUUUAUCAUUGCAAUCGUUACUUGUGCCCUGCCAAUGUGGAAAGUGUCGGCCUUCAUCGGAGCCAACAUCAUCACCGCUCAGACCAUCUGGGAGGGUUUGUGGAUGAACUGUGUCACCCAGAGCACGGGCCAGAUGCAGUGCAAGGUGUAUGACUCACUGCUGGCCCUGCCUCAGGAGCUGCAGGCCUCCAGGGCAAUGACCAUCAUCUCCAUCAUCCUCGGGGUGCUGGGCGUCAUGAUCUCCAUCGUCGGCGCCAAGUGCACCAACUGCAUCGAGGAUGAGCCUUCGAAGGCCAAAGUGAUGAUCAUCGCUGGAAUCUUCUUCAUUCUCGCCGGCCUUCUGGUCCUCAUCCCUGUCUCCUGGACCGCCAGCGUUGUGAUCCGGGAUUUCUACAGCCCCCUCCUGAUCAGCGCUCAAAGGAGGGAGCUAGGGGCGUCGCUCUACAUCGGCUGGGGAGCGGCCGCCCUGCUCCUGAUCGGAGGGGCGAUGCUGUGCAGCAGCUGCCCACCAAAAGAGAAGAAGUACAAGCCGCCACGGAUGGCCUACUCUGCCCCACGCAGCACUAGUGCAGGCGGAGGGUACGACAGGAAAGACUAUGUGUGAACAAUACAGACAAAUUGAUUUGGAAAGUAGGAUAAAAAGUUUGUUGCACAAGCGUGUGUUGUUUAUUGCUGUCUGAAACCACAGGGCGAAUCCCUCUAAAGGACUCCGAGAUGAAGGCGUGUUCAAAUAUUCAUUUUUCUGCUUUGCUUUUUGUUGGCAUGUUCAUUUGCAUCCGAUUAUCCUGUUAAAAAGGCUCAUAUUUACGGAAUAUGAACCUGCUGUCCGCCUUUGCUCGAUUGAAAAUUCAGCCAAAAAAGUGAUUAGUAUAAAUACAACAUGCACUUAUGUUUUAUUCAUACAAAUCUCUUCUUUAAAACCAGUUCUGGGGCGUUUGUGUGAUUUAAACACCUGCUUCUUGUGUGCGUCUCUGUCAUUAGUCCGUUGGCCGGCUGCAUGGUGUUGUGUUUCACUGAAACUUGCAGUUGAAAUGCUUUGUGUCAUUUCAGUGACAAGGAAGAGGCAGUGCUCAUUUUACAUGCAUUUGGUUGUGUGUGUGUGUGUGUGUGCGUGCGUAUCUGUGUGUGUGCAUCUGUGUGUGUGUGCGUGUGUGUGUGUGUGUGUAUCUGUGUGUGUGCAUCUGUGUGUGCGUGUGUGUGUGUAUCUGUGUGUGUGCGCUUUGCAUGUAAUAUUUGCUUAGGAGAGUUUCUGCUGAGACUGAAACUAAAGAUGGAUCCAUGUUACAGCCCCAGGAAACAUCCUUUUCCUCAUAGUUCACAGGGUGAAACACAAAAAAAGACUGUUUCAGUUGACAUUUUCUGUGUCUGUAUGUGUGACUUUAUAUUUCUGUAAUGAAAUGUAUUUGAAGUGUGUGUUUUACAUGUUCAAAUAUUCCACAAUGUGUUUGCGUUUCAAGUUGAUAUGUAAUGUGUGUUAGUUUUCAACAUUUUUGUAUAUUUUUCUACUGUUUGAAGCUUCGUGGCUUUUUGUUUGUCAGACAAAUAACCAAAGGACCUCUGGUGUGUGUGCAUGUGUGUGUGUGUGUGCAUGUGUGUGUGUGUGUGUGUGUGUGUGUGUGUGUGCGUGUGUGGUGUGUGUGUGUCACCCUGAGGGAUCUACAGCUGUUGGAGAAUGUUUGUUUCCAAAUCAAGAUGUAUUUUGUGUUGUCUUUCGCCAUAUAAAAUAUUCUGCUCAUAAAUUUCUUUUUUUACUCAAAUGCUGUUCCUAGAGCUGCAUCAUAAAAUAAAUUGCAUUUUAUAGUCGUGCUGGAGUAUAAAAUGUGUUGAAGAUUUCAAUAAAAUUACUUUUUAUUCCCAAAUAAAA